AUGGCACUACAACGCCUGCUGCCCAAUCUCGGGGGACCUGGCGGAAGUGUAAGGAAGUUGUACGCCGGGACUGUACACGCCAUGCUGCUGUACGGGGCCCCAGUAUGGUCGAAAUGCCUGGGGGCUGCCCGCGGUCCCAGAGAUGCACUGAGACAGGUGCAGAAGCGGGUAGCCAACAGGAUAUGCAGGGGCUACCGUACGGUCAGCUGGGCGGCGACGGGGGUGCUCUCUGGAGUGCCCCCCGUUGAGAUGCUCGCCCGCAUGUAUGCUGAGGUGUACACGCGCACGCGUGGAUACCAGCGGGCGGGCAUCACUAUGACGGAAAGUCUCCGGCGUACUGUGAGGGUCCACUCCCGACGGGCGCUGAUCCAAAGUUGGAAGGAAUUCCUGGCGGACCAAACACUGCCAGGACAGCGCACCGUCGGGGCCAUACAGCCCUGUCUAGAAAACUGGUUAGACAGGGCCAAAGGUGGGGUAUCCUACCACAUGACGCAGGUGCUCACCGAACAGGUGCUCACCGGACACGGGGCGGCGUGGAUCGGGGGGGGUUUGUCCCAAACAUACCCGCGUCAAUAA